GGUGUUCAUCCAAAGAAGCUACGCGAGAGACCCCCGCCCCGCCCCGCCCCCGUCACGUCCAAUCUCUUUGAUCCCAAAUUUUGGAGAGGCAGCUGCCGGCUGCUCCCUCCUCCCCUCAGAACAAACGCUAUAUUCAUCUGCUCCAGCUUGCAACCAAGUUAACUCCCUCAAGGAAUCUUACUUUUUCUCCGCACUCGAGCGACAGUAUUACCUUCGAAAUUCUUUUGACGUUAAAAAAGUAGCCUCUCCACUGAAAAUGAGGAGUAUCGUUUGUUGUACCUUGAGUCUGCUUUUUUUAACUGAAGUCCACGCACAAACUCAGCGAAGACCCGUAUUUACAUGUGGCGGAAAUAUAACUGGGGACUCUGGGGUCAUCGGUAGCCAGGGAUAUCCCGGGGUUUACCCUCCAAAUACAAAAUGUGUUUGGACAAUUACGGUCCCCGAAGGGAAGGUGGUUGUCCUCUCCUUCCGCUCCAUCGACUUGGAGAAUGACAACCUGUGCCGAUACGACUACGUGGACGUGUAUAACGGGCACGCCAACAGGCAGCGGCUGGGCCGCUUCUGCGGCACCUUCCGGCCGGGUGCCCUCGUCUCCACUGGCAACAAGAUGCUGGUGCAGAUGAUGUCCGAUGCCAACACUGCCGGAAGCGGCUUCCUGGCGGUUUACUCCGCCGCCCACCCGCACGAGCGAGGGGAUCAGUACUGCGGAGGUCGCUUAGACAAGCCGUCCGGAUCCUUCAAGACGCCAAAUUGGCCAGAGAAGGAUUACCCAGCAGGGGUCACGUGCUCCUGGCAUAUUGUGGCUCCUCGAAAUCAGAUUAUCGAGGUGAAGUUUGAGAAAUUUGACGUGGAGCGAGAUAACUACUGCCGCUAUGAUUAUGUGGCCUUUUUCAAUGGGGGAGAAAUAAACGACGCUAAACGAAUUGGGAAAUACUGUGGGGACAGUCCUCCAGAUCCAAUCUUCUCUGCUGGGAACCAGCUCCUAAUUCAGUUCCUGUCAGACCUGAGUCUGACUGCGGAUGGCUUCAUCGGCCACUACAAAUUCAGGCCCAAGAAAUUCCCCACUACAACCGUGCCCCCAACCACCACCACCCCGAUGCCCACAACCAGAGCCGCAACGUUGAAGUAUUCGGCUGCUCUGUGCCAGCAGAAAUGCAAGAGGAGUGGAACCCUUGAGAGCAAUUACUGUUCCAGCAACUUCGUGAUAACGGGCACGGUCAUCACCGCGGUGGCGCGGGGAGGCAGCAUGUACGCCACCAUCUCCAUCAUCAAUGUCUACAAGGAGGGGAACCUCGCCAUCCAGCAAGCAGGGAAGACCAUGAGCACCAAGAUCGUCAUCCUCUGCAAGAAGUGUCCUUUCAUCCGACGAGGUCUGAAUUACAUCAUCAUGGGACAGGCGGAUGAGGAGGGGCGCGGGAAGAUUGCCCCGCACCACUUUGUGAUGGCCUUCAAAGCCAAAAACCAGAAAAGCCUCAACGUGCUGAAGAGCAAGCGCUGCUGAGCUCGCUCUACGACCCUCCCAGGCCCUCCUCCAUAAGCUACCGCCCAGCACAUCUCAGUGCUGCCCACAGUCUUCCUCAGGCAUGGUGCUUUGAGCAAGGGCAGGUCCAGGGUCAGAUACUGUAUGGCCCU